AUAGUCGUCGACGACCAGUGACCGGGAGGAAGCGUGACUUUAGGUACACAACAAUCUACGCUUACAGUGCCGCCAGCUAGUCUGGUCUAUUUCGAUUUUGUGGAUAACCCUAUACUCCAUGUAGUUAUCUAUGUUACUGUGUUUUAUAUUCAAAGUGUUUUUAUUAUAUUUUUUUUCGUCUGAGAUGCCGUUGAAUAUGAAGAUUUUAUUCACAUUGGUAGCGACUCUUUUCGGCUGUCAGAACGGUUGGACUGCAAUAUUAACCGAACUUUGCUCAAGUCAAGUUUACUGUCAAGGAAGUUUAUUGGAUAAGAUUCAGAGUGCAAGAAUUUUCAGUGACUCAAAAACUUUUGUAGAUUUAGUUCAAAAGAAUCCUGAAAAUAUUACUCUCAAAAAUUUUGAAGAGCUAUUAGCAAAUACUAAUAAUGAUCCGAAUAAAGAUGAAAUAACUCAAUUCGUAAAAGACAAUUUUAUUCCAGAAGGUGAGCUAGUUCCCUGGAUACCCUCUGAUUUCGAAGAGAAUCCUAGGUUUUUAAAUUAUAUCACAAAUCCUGAAGUUAAAGAUUUCGCUAAGAAAUUGUAUAACAUUUGGCCUAAACUAGCGAAGAAAAUGAAUAAUUUAAAUAAUCCAAGUCAACAUUCUCUGAUACCUAUACCAAAUGGUUUUAUUAUACCGGGCGGACGAUUUAAAGAAAUUUAUUACUGGGAUUCUUAUUGGAUUGUCAAAGGAUUGCUUAUCACGGGAAUGCAAACAACAGCGAAGGGAAUGCUGGAAAACUUACUUUUCUUAGUGAGAAGAUAUGGAUUCGUUCCAAAUGGAAGCCGUGUAUAUUACUUAAACCGAUCGCAACCGCCUCUUCUGUCAUUACUGGUAGGAGUUUACUUAGACGCUACAAAUGAUACAGCAUUUUUGAAGUCACACGUUGAUACACUUGAACAAGAAUUGAAUUGGUGGCUAGAAAAUAGAUUUGUUUAUGUACAAAAGGGCAAAACGAAACACGAAUUAGUGCAAUAUGCUGUUAAAUAUCAAACUCCGAGACCCGAAUCUUAUGCGGAGGACAUUAAUACUUGUAGUUCUUUCACAGAUAAAGCACAGUGUUAUAGAGAUCUAAGAAGUGCUGCUGAGUCCGGUUGGGACUUUUCAACAAGAUGGUUUAAAGACCAAGAUGGAAAUAGAACGACUCAACUAACUAAUAUAACUACAACCAAAAUAGUACCAGUAGAUUUAAAUUCAUUUAUGUGUGCAGCUUUCGGACAACUUUCAAGGUUUUAUAAAAUUUUAAAUAAUGAAACAAAGAAUUUGGAAUAUAAUCAAAAGGAAAUGACGUGGAGAAAUUCUAUUCAAGAAGUUUUCUACAACGUUUCGGACGGUAUUUGGUAUGAUUGGGAUUUAGAAACUAGCAAGCAUAGGAAAGGAUUUUAUCUCAGUAAUUUUGCUCCCCUUUGGGCAAAAUCCUAUAACAUUUCACAGCGUGACUCCUACGGUUCUAAAGCAGUUGAAUAUCUCAUUUCUCUAAAAGCAGAUACUUAUCCUGGUGGAGUUCCAACUUCCUUAAUAGAGAGUAGUCAACAAUGGGAUUUGCCGAACGUUUGGCCUCCGUUACAGGAAAUGGUUGUUUUGGGUUUAGAUUAUACCGACAAUAAAGAAGCUAAAUUGGUCGCCGAUUCAAUAGCUAACAAAAUAUUGAAAACUUUUAUGGUAGGGAUGAAUAAAACGGGCGAAAUGUUCGAAAAAUAUGAUGCAGUUACUCUUGGGCGAUAUGGUGGUGGUGGCGAAUAUACAGUUCAAUCUGGAUUUGGAUGGAGUAAUGGUGUAGCGUUCUCUAUGAUAGAAAGAUUAUUUAUGAAACAAUAACUCUAAAGAUAAUCGGUAAUUUUGUAUCCUAUUUUAAUGUAAGGUUAAGUCAUCUUAGUUUUAAUAUGACGUAUUUGGAAGGUUGAUAAAACAGUAUACACAAUAUAUUUAUUUGUUAAUAAGAUAUUGUUUAAAAAAUAA